AUGGCGGCAGUGGGGGAAGCGGGCGCCUGCAGGCCGCCCCGCACAAGAGGGGCCGCGCCGCCGAGUGCCCGUGCGGCGGGGUGGGGGUGGGGCGUGCCCCCAACAGCUGCCCAUGCUGGGGGUGGGGCAUGCCCCGCUGGCCGCCUGUUUAAAAGAGCCAAGUUCCAGGGGUCACCAGAGAAAUUUAACACAUAUGUGACCCUGAAAGUGCAGAAUGUGAAGAGUACCACUGUGGCAGUUCGAGGUGAUCAACCUUGUUGGGAACAAGAUUUCAUGUUUGAAAUUAGUCGCCUGGACUUAGGUCUCAGUGUGGAAGUGUGGAACAAAGGACUAAUCUGGGACACCAUGGUGGGGACUGUGUGGAUUGCACUGAAGACUAUUCGUCAGUCAGAUGAGGAAGGGCCUGGAGAGUGGUCCACUUUGGAAGCAGAGACAUUAAUGAAAGAUGAUGAAAUCUGUGGAACUAAAAACCCAACUCCCCAUAAGAUUCUACUUGAUACAAGAUUUGAGUUGCCUUUUGACAUCCCAGAAGAGGAAGCCAGAUAUUGGACUUAUAAACUGGAGCAAAUCAAUGCUUUGGGGUCCGACAAUGAGUAUUCUAUCCAAGAAGAAAGCCAGAGGAAGCUGUUGCCCACUGCUGCCGCCCAGUGUUGUCACUGGACUUAUUUGGGCUGGGGAGAGCAGCAAACUUUUGAAGACCCUGAUAGCGCUGUGGAUGACAGAGAUAGUGACUAUCGCAGCGAGACCAGCAAUAGUAUCCCACCUCCUUACCACACGACCUCCCAGCCCAAUGCUUCUGUGCAUCAGUUCCCUGUGCCAGUGCAUUUGCAACAGCAGCUGCUACUUCAGGGCAGUUCUCGAGACUCUUGCAAUGAUUCUAUGCAAAGUUAUGACCUCGAUUAUCCAGAGCGUCGAGCCCUCAGCCCCACCAGCAGUAGUAGGUAUGGCUCUUCCUGUAAUGUGAGUCAAGGAAGCUCUCAGCUGAGUGAACUAGACCAGUAUCAUGAACAAGACGAUGAUCGUCGCGAGAGGGACUCACUUCAUUCCUACCACAGCUCUGGAAGCUUCUCCAGAGAUGGCCAAGCAGGUUUUGGAGAACAAGAGAAAGCCUUGGAGGUGACAGAUGAAACGGAGAAGGGCAAGGCGAGUGAACCCAAAGAGCUUAAACAAGAUACCACAGCCCAUCCUCUUCCACAUCUGGUGCUACAUAAAGAGGACGUUGUAAGACCACAGGAGAGUUUUCCUGAGGAGAACGCGUCUUCACCAUUUACCCAAGCCAGAGCACAUUGGAUCCGAGCAGUUACCAAAGUUCGACUCCAACUGCAAGAGAUUCCAGAUAAUGGCGACCCUUCUCUGCCCCAGUGGAUCCCUGAGGGGCCAGCUGGAGGUCUGUAUGGCAUUGACAGCAUGCCAGAUCUACGCAGAAAGAAGCCUUUACCGCUUGUCAGUGAUUUGGCUAUGUCACUGGUCCAGUCUCGGAAAGCAGGUAUUACUUCUGCAAUGUCUACACGUACCUCUCUAAAGGAUGAAGACCUGAAAUCCCAUGUGUAUAAGAAAACUCUACAGGCCUUAAUCUACCCCAUUUCGUGCACCACACCCCACAACUUUGAGGUCUGGACAGCCACUACACCGACCUACUGCUAUGAAUGUGAGGGCUUGCUCUGGGGCAUUGCCCGACAGGGCAUGCGCUGCAGCGAGUGUGGUGUCAAGUGCCAUGAGAAGUGCCAGGAUCUGCUCAAUGCUGACUGCCUGCAGCGGGCUGCAGAAAAAAGCUCUAAACAUGGAGCUGAGGACCGGACCCAGAACAUCAUCAUGGCCAUGAAAGACCGCAUGAAGAUCAGAGAGCGAAACAAACCGGAGAUCUUUGAAGUUAUCCGGGAUGUCUUCACUGUGACCAAAGUUGCUCAUGUCCAGCAGAUGAAAACAGUGAAACAGAGUGUACUGGAUGGCACCUCCAAAUGGUCAGCCAAGAUUACCAUCACUGAGAAGAGGACAGACAAAUCAGCUGUCUCAGGGGCUAUACGACUACAAAUCAAUGUGGAGAUCAAGGGGGAAGAGAAGGUAGCCCCGUAUCAUGUGCAGUAUACAUGUCUCCAUGAGGUGAGCCAGCCGUUGCCCAAGGAAGAGUCUCCAGCAGUAGUGUCUGAGAAGUGUGAGAACAUCUUCCUGGGGUUACAGGAUGGACUGGGCUAUGACGUGAAUAGAAUUUCGGUGGAACCUUAUUAA